GAGGCUGGUGACCGUCGCAAAGCCCAAUCCGCAGCACGUGCGGAUUAUGAGCAGGGUCACCUGACACGCUUAAUCACCGCAGACACCGUAUCUGCGCUUCGCUCUCAACGUGGAUAUAAGAGCGCCGCGAACGCCAGCAAGCUCAGAUCACCUCUGCACCCGCAUCCGCACCCCGCCCCGCGAUCCCCCCUCAGACUCACUUCGCUGCAACACCACGCUCGAAGCAUGGCUACUUCCAAGGUUGAGAAGACUGAGGACGAAUGGCGCGCCAUCCUGUCUCCGGAGCAGUUCCGUAUCAUCCGCCAGAAGGGCACGGAGAUGGCUGGCUCGGGAGAAUACGACAAGCAUUACGACGAGGGCGUGUACGACUGUGCGGGGUGCGGCACCCCGUUGUACAAGAGCGCCACAAAGUUCAAGAGCGGCUGCGGCUGGCCGGCGUUCUUCGACGCUAUCCCCGGCGCUGUGACGCGCCAUGUCGACAAGAGCUGGGGCAUGGAGCGUAUCGAGAUCGUGUGCACUGCCUGCGGCGGCCACCUCGGGCACGUCUUCAAGGGCGAGAAGUUCCCCACUCCCACCGAUGAGCGACACUGCGUGAAUUCCGUGUCGCUCAAAUUCAAUCCGCAAGAAGGCGCCGGUAAAUUCGAACCGCCUCCGCGCACAGGCUUCUUCUCAAGACUGUUCGGCAGUUUGUAAACGAAACGACAAUGUCAUGUAUCCGUUGUGUAGGAUUAUAAAUGCUUCUCGCUGAUAUCCACCGACUCGAUGUCCACUCCGUCCUUGAACCAUCGCUCCUC